UUUAUAAAAUUCCCUCAUACAUCCGCCUUGCGCCGCACGUUAUAAACAAAGCUUCUGUCACUGCAACAAUUUACGCUGUGUGAAACGAGAGACAAAAAAAGUUUUGUGGGAUUUUUGUUUUGGGAGUGUUCAUCUCAGGACAAUCAGAAGUUAACAGGCUCUGCAGCUCUUUGAAAUGGAUGACAUCCAGGUUGUUGAGUCCAAACCCCUGCUGGUUGACAGGGAAUUGCCGGGUCUGAGGGAGGCUGUACAGCAGCUUGUUAUCAAGGAGCACGAUGUGGAGACUCCUCAUGGAAGGAUCCACUGUACAAUGAAGGGUGUUCCCAAGGCUGACAGACCAGUCAUCCUCACCAUGCAUGAUAUUGGACUGAACCACAAAACCUGCUGGAACACGCUCUUCAACCAUGAGGACAUGGCAGAGAUCAUGCAGCACUUUGCUGUGUGUCACGUUGAUGCACCCGGGCAGCAUGAGGGAGCUAACACCUUUUCCACUGGAUAUGAGUACCCUUCUAUGGACCAACUCUCUGAGACCCUCCCUCUGGUGUUGAAGCACUUUGGGCUAAAGAGCGUCAUUGGAAUGGGCAUUGGAGCCGGGGCCUACAUACUGACCAGAUUUGCUCUGGACUACCCGAACAUGGCAGAGGGGCUGUUGCUCAUCAACAUCAACCCAUGUGCUGAGGGAUGGAUGGACUGGGCUGCCCACAAGAUCAGCGGCUGGACUCAUGCCGUGCCUGACAUGAUCAUCACCCACCUCUUUGGAAAGGAGGAAAUCCAUCACAACCAGGACCUUAUUGGAACAUACCGCCACCAUAUCUUGAACGACAUGAACCAGUUUAACCUGCACCUCUUUGUCAAGUCCUAUGAAAGUCGGAGGGAUCUGGAAAUUGAGAGGCCGGUCCCUGGAAGCAACGUUAGGACCCUCAAGUGCCCUUCUCUGCUGGUGGUUGGCGACAAUUCUCCUGCUGUGGACGCUGUGGUUGAGUGCAACACCAAGCUGGACCCAACAAAGACUACCCUGCUUAAGAUGGCUGACUGCGGAGGCAUGCCCCAGGUUGACCAGCCUGGCAAACUGACAGAAGCUUUCAAGUACUUCAUUCAGGGAAUGGGAUACAUGCCCUCUGCCAGCAUGACCCGUCUGGCCCGCUCCCGCACCGCCUCCGGCUCCAGUGUCACCUCCUUCGACGGCAACCGCUCCCGUUCCCACACCAGCGAGGGGAACCGCUCCCGCUCUCACACCAACGAGGGCCGCAGCCGCAGCCACACGGCUGAGAACCAGCGCGGCCGCUCCCACACAGAAGGCUCCAUGGACGGCACGGCCAGCGGCAACGUGGACCAAGCCGUGCCCAAGUCCACCGAAGUGUCCUGCUAAGUGAACCUCUACUCUCCAGACGCCCAAAUCUCUCAAGUUCCCUUCGGUUUGUGCUGCGCUGCCUCUAACUGACACUCAGAAACACACAUUCCUAUGCACACACACACCGAUGUGGAGGGGAAACUAGGAUAGCAUACCUGGAAUUGCAAAAACGCACAAUGGACACUCAUCUCCAGACUAUUCAGUGCAGCUGACACGCCCCAAUUUGAAAAUAUGAUGUCUUUUUAAUGAGAGCUUAGGGUCAACUGUAUGCCUGUUUUGUCAUUCUCAGCUCGUUGGUCAGGUUAGUGUGCAGUAAGGGGCAACGCAGCAUCUGGGGACACCGAAGAAGAGAAUGUCGGAGAAAGCUGUGGCUACGAGCACACCAGCCUGUACAUGUAUCUCUCAUAAUCUCUUAUACAUAGAAAAAAGUUUUAAUUUCCAUUUCUGCAUUCCUUCGUCCUGUUUUUAUCUAUUUUUACCGUAUUGACACAGCUUUCUCGAAUAUACCUGACUGUAAAUUACCGUUUUCUGUUCUCACUGUAAUUGUAUGAUCAUUUAUUCUUUAUUUUCCAUGUUUGAAGUGUUGUCGUUUGUACGUAGGAGCAGAUUUGUAGAUGAGCGAGAACGGAGAGGCACUUGGAUAAAUAAAAAAGGCAGUCUGCCUCACACAUUGCUACUUUGAAAAUUAAGUGACAGACAUCAAGUACAUAUUGAACGUACUGCACAUAAUAUUGUUUCAUCAUUUCAUUGUUCAUUAUCCUUGAGUUUCACUCUCAACAUUAUGUGUUAUUUGAACUCUUAUACAUCCAUUCAUUGGUGGACUUAAAUAAAUCUUCAGGAAUGAAAAUGAUCAUUUUUAGUACAUUCCAACGAGACUGUACGCUUUGCCAUUAAUCAAAAUACAUUCCGAAAUUCAAGUUGAAAAGCUUUUGCAUCAUAUGCUUUAUUACUGGAUCAUGGCUUCAGAAUAAAAAUAUUUCUUUCUUCUUUUUUAUGAUGAUUUCUAUGCAAUCAAGCACAAUGGAACAAAGAUGUGCCAUGGAAUUGUUCACUUUUUAGACGUGAUGCUCCUAUGUGGUUGUGGAUUUUUGGGUCAGUGAAGUGAUAGAUCCACAUGUUAACAUGAGGAUAGCCAUAGAACUUACCUGACACCCUCUACUCCCAUACUUUACUUGCACUACAGCAACAUUUUGCUUUGUAGAACACAUACACAGCUUUGUAAAGAUGCAAUGCACACCAUCUAAUGCUGUAGAAAAGCAUAAAAUGACAUAACAGUUUGUAUUUAUAAAAAAAAUUACAAUAAAAAAAACUUGUAACUGA